AAAGCUGCGCUGCAGAUGUUACUGCUGUCGUGCCCGUGGGGGAUUUGUAGGACAAAGAUCGUGGAGGCGGGAGCUGUGGCGGAGAUUAUCGAGAUGGAGUUGAGAGGAGAUUCGGACAAGAGAAUGACGGAGUUGGGACUGGGUGUGCUGGAGCAGUUGUGCAUGUGUGCGGAUGGAAGGGCAGAGUUGGUUGGUCACGCGGCGGGGUUAGCGGUGGUGGCGCAGAGGAUGAUAAGGGUGUCUGCAGCGGCGGAUGAAAGAGCGGUGGGGAUAUUGACGGCGGUGGCGAAGCAUUCGGCGGCGUCGGGUGAGGUUGUGAGGGAGAUGAUGAGCGUGGGAGCGGUGUGGAAGCUUUGUUUGGUAAUGCAGGCUGAGUGUUUGAGUGGGGUGAGGGAGAAGGCGGGUUGGGUGUUGAGGUUGCAUUCCAGGGAGUGGAAGAACUCGCCCUGUUUUGAUUCUGAUUUGUUGAGGUUGCAUUCUAGGUACCUUGGUCGAUGAUCUGAAGUUUUCUGGUCUGUU